AUGUGCUCAGAAAGACGCAGUAAAAAAAGACAAGAAACCAAUCCGGCUAAGAAAACUAAAGUAGAUACAGACCUUAAUGUAAUAGUUCUGUCCAUUAGCAUUUCACUUUCUAGAAUUAAUAAUGCUUCAGAUUUUCUCCAACAAACAUCAGAAGCUCAUCUCUUAUUUGAUGAAGAAGUUGAAGGCACAAUAGAAAUAGACAAGCAUAAUAUUCCAAGUGACAAGAAUGAUGAUGAUAAUAAUGCUAAAGCUCUUUUAUACUGCAUGGAUGAAAAUGCUGAGUCAUCUAAAGAGUCCACUAAGUUUGUACUUGAAAUCGAAUUGGAUUCAGAACUUUUAAAUAGUGUUGAACUUGAUCAAGAUAUUGAAACUGAUCUACUAGAGUUGAACAAAAUCAAAAAUAGUUUUAUACAACUAACCAAAAUCCUUAUCUUACUAUUAGAAUCUGGAUCUAAAUAUAGGCAAAGAUCAGAUAACCAGGAGAUCAAAAGGCGAAGUGAAGCUCGUGCAGCAAUACAAUGA